AAGAAUGUUCCUAUGCCAAGCCACUUCAGUUGAGGCCCCUCAUUCAUAUACUCCCUCUCAUUCAUUUUGCUUCUUCUCUUUGUCCUCCAUUAUUCGUUCAAAGCAAGCACUUAGAUCUCUUGAAAUUUUGCAUCUUGAAGAUGGGCUCAAAAUAACCAACUCCUAGGAUUCAACCUGAGGCUGAGACAUUCAACAUCACAGAGCGAGAUCAUUUUCACGCGGUCAAUUCGAUUUAAUUCCUCCAAAAAAUUCACUUACCAUGAAGAUAGUUCAAGAAUUGGUGCUCAUUUGGAUUGUCCUGGCUUUGUUCCUCCAAAAUGCCAGCAACGCGGAAGGAAGAUAUUACUACCGCAAGGGGCAGAAGAAGAAUCCUGACAAGGGCUCGAGUUCAACCUCACUAAUGCCUCCCCCUGAUGCCCAGGACCCUGCCCCUCCAUCCCCCACAUACUCGCCUGUGCCGACCAUGCCGUCCGACCCGAGCCCUGAGCCGUCCAACUCCAGCUCCGGCUGCAUCUUUGAUGUGACUGCCUUCGGGGCGGUCGGGGAUGGGUUGGCUGACGACACUCCCGCCUUCAAAGCAGCCUGGAAGGCAGCAUGCGCCGUGGAGUUGGGCGUAGUCCUCGCUCCCUUGGGCUACACUUUCAAGACCACUUCCAUGAACUUCUCAGGCCCGUGCAAGCCGGGGCUCGUGUUCCAAGUAGAUGGGGUCUUGAUGCCGCCAAAUGGACCGGAUUGUUGGCCGAAAGCAGAUAGCAAGAAGCAAUGGCUUGUGUUCUACCAGCUCGACAACAUGACUCUGACGGGGAAGGGAACCAUUGAAGGCAAUGGUGAGCCGUGGUGGGAUCUUCCUUGCAAGCCCCACAGGGGUCCAAAUGGGACAACUUUACCGGGACCGUGCGACAGCCCAACUUUGAUACUAUUCUUCAUGAGCUCGAAUUUGGCAGUCAACAGGUUACGAAUCCAGAACAGCCCUCAAUUCCACAUGACGUUCAACGGCUGCUUAGGAGUGUUGGUCGAUGAGCUAUCCAUAUUUUCCCCAAAACUUAGCCCCAACACAGACGGCAUCCACAUAGGGAACACUAAAUCCGUGGGGAUUUACAACAGCAUGAUCUCAAAUGGUGAUGAUUGCAUCUCCAUCGGAACCGGAGGUUCGGAUGUCCACAUCGAGGGGGUUACUUGUGGGCCAAGUCAUGGGAUCAGCAUCGGGAGCUUGGGAGCGAACAACUCGAAGGCGUGGGUCUCAAAUAUAACAGUCCAGAACGCGGUGAUCAGGGAUUCUGACAACGGGCUGCGCAUCAAGACGUGGCAGGGGGGUAGUGGGUCGGUCAUGGGCAUCUCCUACAAGAACAUCCGGAUGGAGAACGUGCGCAACUGCAUCAUUGUGGACCAGUACUACUGCAGCUACAAGGAUUGCCCGAACCAGACCUCGGCUGUGUAUGUGGCCGACCUCUCCUACUGCAACAUCAAGGGCACCUACAACAUGAUCAGCCCGCCGAUCCACUUUGCGUGCAGCGACACGGUGGCGUGCACCAACAUCAUAGUGUCGGAGGUCGAGCUGCUGCCUCACGUGGGCGAGCUGGUCGACGACCCUUUCUGCUGGAACGCCUACGGGGUCCAGGAGACCAUGAACAUCCCUCCCAUUGAUUGCUUGCAAGAUGGGAUGCCUCAGACUGCGGUAGAGAGAUCUGCUAGCUUAUGGUUGACAGGAAAGGACUGAUGAGACAUUAUAGCGUAAUGAAUUUCACUAGUGACAUGAAAUUGCCACAAUUGUAUAGAGGCACAUCAGGAGCCAAUUAUCUGGAUUUAGGUCUCCAUUAGACUUUUCCUUUUCUCCAUUAGGCUCCAUCCCUCCUAGGGUUUAUCCCCAUUGUGUGAUGAGGUAUGGUAGUAUUACUGGGUCUCUUUCCUUUUCACCUUUUUCAUUAGGGGAUUUUUGUCUUUUUUCCCACAUGGUAAUUUUUUGGAUUC